AAAAGUUGUCAAACAGUGACUCAGAAACAUAACCUAAAAUUCUGGUGACAAGUGUUUUUGUAUCUUUAGGAAAACUUAUCAAAAAAUGCCGGUAUCACUUUUAACAGACCCCCAGAUGCAGUUUGGAGCUAUAACAUUUUUUGCAAAGCUGCACAAAGGUGACACUUGUGGAAGUAAUGGACUUCCUUUAACACCCAAUUCCAUUAUUGUAAUUGGAAAAGCUCAGUUUUUAAAAACUAUAAAACAUCCUUAUUUAUGUCAAUAUUUAGAUAUCAUCAGAGGCAAACAUGAACGAACAGUUGUUGUUUCUCAAUAUUGUGGUGAACCACUAUCAAACUAUAUUUCCAAAGAACAGUUUACUUUGGAUGAAAUUAGGAAAAUUGCUUUCCAAAUUUUAACAGCGUUAAAGGAAUUACAUCAAAGAAAGAUUGUGCAUCGUAAUUUGAGUACUGACAAUAUUCUUCUCCAACAAAAUAAAGACAUCAAGUUAUUCAAUUAUGGAUUAUAUUAUAUGACUGGAUGUGGGCAGUUGGUAUCAUUUCCAAUUAUGCAAGUGCUGUAUAGUGCACCAGAAGUAUAUCUAGAUAGCCCAAGUGGAAUAUUCUCGGACCCAAAAAGUGAUAUUUGGUCUGUAGGUAUUGUUUUAAUUGAACUGAUUUUAAAGAAAGGAUUGUGGCAGUCGUUAAAAUUGGGACAGCGAAUUCGGAAAAUACUAAGUUUGAUUCAGUGUAAUAAUUCUUCUGUAUUUGAGAGAAUCGCCAGGGAGCACAAUUGUUUUGAAACGUAUGAGACUAUUCCUGACGAUCUUAAAAACCUCGUGGAGGCGUGUUUAAGCAUUUAUCCAAAAAAUCGUUCCACAGCCGAAGAACUACUUCAACGAGAAAUGUUUGAAGAUUUUACAACUAAAAAAACACCCAACAAGAGUAAAGUCUGUGAACCUUUUGAAGUGUUUACAAUCAAUGAAUUAUAUCAUUGGUGGCAAUUGGCAGGUGGAGACGUAUUCCAGGAAUUGAAAAAACAAGGAUUAAUCAGAUCAAGUCCUCCUAUUCUUUCGUUGCCAAAUUUGGUAUCAAUAGAAGGGUCGACUUUGGGACAGGAACGAAAUCCCGCAACACUCUAUGAUCCUAGAAUUGUUCAAAUGCCAUUGGAUGCCCUUUAUCAAAGAUUUGCUCAUAUUCCUCUAACGUGUUACUAUCCUCUAAUUCACGCAACAUCAAAAAUAAUUGAAAGUUCUAUGCCCCCUCCGUAUGACGCGACUGGUUUACCAUUGAUAAUACGUGAAAAAGAUCCAGAAUAUCAAUUCCACAGAGUCAUACUAUUUCGAAGGCUCCUUCACGGCUAUCCGUACACAAAAGAACUCAUUUUGAAAGAAGCGUCUAAAGAUAUCCCCCCUUUGUUAAGAGGAGAAGUUUGGGCGGCUUUACUAAGUAUUAAAGGUGACUAUGAAAGGCAAUAUCUGCGAAUUGAUAAAGAAACUCCCACUACUACAGACCGACAGAUUGAAGUCGAUAUCCCGCGUUGUCAUCAGUACAACGAACUAUUGUCAUCGACUGAAGGUCACAAGAAACUAAAACGAAUUCUUAAGGCAUGGGUGUAUCAGAAUUCGAACUAUGUGUAUUGGCAAGGAUUAGACUCUUUAACAGCGCCGUUCCUUUAUUUAAAUUUUAAUAAUGAAGCAAAAGCUUUUGCUUGUCUGUCUGCUUUUAUACCGAAGUAUCUACACAAAUUCUUCCUUAAAGACAAUUCAAUGGUCAUCCAAGAAUAUUUGGCGAAAUUUUCUCAGCUAAUUGCGUUCCACGAUCCACACCUGGCGAAUCACCUCCACUACAUUAACUUCUAUCCAGAACUAUUUGCAAUUCCGUGGUUCUUAACCGUUUUCUCCCAUGUGUUUCCACUUUACAAAAUUCUUCAUAUUUGGGAUAAGCUACUUCUAGGCGACUCGUCAUUUCCUUUACAUAUUGGACUUUCCGUUUUAACCCAGUUGAGAGAUCGUUUACUAAAUUCAGGUUUCAAUGAAUGCAUUUUACUUUUUUCUGAUUUACCUGAAGUGGAUAUAGAGAAGUGUGUUUCUUAUUCUAUGGCGACGUUUGAAUCAACCCCUAAAAGCAUAACAACUCGCGAACAUCAGAAUGGAAAAUUCCACCCAACAUCUGAACUCGAUAUCAGUAGUGUAACACUGCAAGAACUAAACCGCGAAAGGUGUCCACGAAUAAGUGCCACCGAUUUUGUUAAUUUGGUUAGAAGCAAACCGGAAAAAAUUUUAACAAUUGAUAUUCGAAACCCUGUGCAGUUCAGCAGAUCGUCUGUGAUGAACAGCAUCAACAUACCAUUCUCUAGCGUUUCAUUUGGUGAAGCUAGCCUUGAAAAUGUGGGACAGCACAGUACCCGGAUAGCUAACAGUAAAAACGAGAUCAUCGUUGUCAUUGGGAACGAAGAAACAGAUUUGGAAUUGUUUCCAAAGUUUUUGCUCAAGUGUGGCGUCAGCAGAGUGUGUGUUCUUCAUGGUGGUUUCAGUCUGUUGGCAUCUGCGACGCCCACCAUCUUAAUUUCUAACACUCAAAUGUGAUCUCUUUUAUAAAAUGUUCUCAAGUAUUCAAGUAUAUUAUUAAGAAUU